GGUAGGGGGUAGCUUAUUUAGGGGAUCUCAUUACGUGCCAAUAUUUUCCUCUUUCAUCUGUGGUACUUACUUUCUUCAGUCUCUUGGAGUAAUAUUAACAGAAGGAGGACGAACAGUUAUUUAAGGUAUAAACCACCAAGAGAAUAGUAGUGAAAAUGUGGAGUUUGGUGGGAUUGAGUUUCUUGGUGUCUUUGGUAGUCAUAUUCAUUACUCCUUGGAUUACCAAAUGGAGGUAUCCGAAAUGCAACGGAGCUCUGCCUCCAGGUUCUAUGGGCCUGCCUUUCAUUGGAGAGACUCUCAGUUUGAUCAUCCCAAGCUACUCCCACGAUCUUCUCCCAUUCAUCAAGAAGAGAGUUCGAAGAUAUGGUCCCAUAUUUCGGACUAGUUUGGCGUGUAGAUCUGUUGUCAUCUCAACCGAUCCUGAAUUUAACAGUUACAUAUUUGAACAAGAUGGGAGGCUAGUUGAAGUAUGGUACUUGGACACAUUUUCCAAGGUUUUCGAUUUUGAAGGUGACUCGCGGAGGAAUGCAGCUGGUAUCAUACACAAGUACAUAAGUCGGAUUUUCACCAAACAUUUUGGUGCUGAGACCCUUAAGGAAAAGUUGAUUGCUCAAAUCGAAGAAUAUGUGAACCAAAUUCUACGUUCCUGGUCAAGUCAGGCAUCUGUUGAAGUGAAACAUGCUAGCUCAGCUAUGUAUUUAGAGUUUACUGCAAAGCACAUGGUAGGUUAUGAUGUUGAGAAAUCACCGGUUAACCUGGCCGAGAAAUAUCGUAGAUUCAUCGAUGGUCUUAUGUGCAUUCCCUUGAAUAUUCCUGGUACAGCACAUUAUAAUUGUAGACAGGGCCAAAAGGCAGUGACAACCAUGCUGAGAGAUAUGCUAAGGGAGCGACGACACGCUACAUCAGAGACACGUCGAGAAGAUUUUAUUGGUCAAAUCAGCAAUGACAUGGAUAAAGAGAAGUUCUUGUCAGAGGACUUUGUUGUUCAAUUGAUGUUUGCGGGCAUAUUCAACGCCGAGAGUAUUUCACCGGUAUUGGCAUUAGCUAUUACUUUACUCACAGAACAUCCUUCAGCCUUACAAGAGCUGACUGCUGAGCAUGAAGCAAUUCUGAAAAACAGAAAAGAUCCGAAUUCCUCACUCACAUGGGACGAAUACAAAUCGAUGAAUUUUACCCUUCAGGUUGUCAACGAAACUAUUAGACUGAUAAAUAGUGCACCUGGCUUAUUCCGUAGAACUGUGAAAGAUAUUACUGUAAAUGGAUUUACAAUUCCAGCAGGUUGGAGUUUAAUACUUGCUAGCUCUGCACUUCACUUAAAUCCCAACAUAUUCAAGGAACCCGCCGAGUUCAACCCGUGGCGUUGGAAGGACCUUGACUCGGAUACUAUAUCCAAGAACUUCAAGGCUUUUGGUGGAGGAAUGAGACAAUGUUCAGGAGCAGAGUACAGUAAAGCGUUCCUGGCCAUCUGUCUUCAUGUGUUGGUCACCAAAUAUAAGUGGGCAAUGACCAAAAAGGCAAAGAUUGUUCGAAAUCCAACGUUAGGAUUUGGAGAUGGCAUUCACAUUAAGCUCGAGGAGAAGAAAAACUAAUCUACAUUAGUGUUUAAAAUGGAAAGUAAUUAUGGAAGAGUGUGUUUUAAACAACAUAAUUAAUUUCUUAUCGUUUGCUUCAAUGUUUUGGAUGGGAGAUGGACUAACUCUUCCAUUCCAACUGGCUUGUUUUAAGGAACAUAUACUUUCUUAUCGUUUGCUUCAAUGUUUGGAUGGGAGAUGGACUAAAUCUUCUUCCUUUCCAACUGAUAUAUAUGUAAUAUAUGGUUUCUUCUUCUUGAGCCGUAAAA